GUUUCCAGGAACGAUGAGACAAGAGUCAGUCUGCUAUAAACCUUAAGUUGCCUUAUCAAAGGCGAAUACAUUUGCCCAAUGAUUUACGGCAAUACGAUACAUACUUUUUCGAUAAUAAUAUAAAAAACCAUUGCGGAUAAAGGAUUGUUACAACAGCGGAAAACUGGUCGAUAACCCAUUGAUUGAAGUGUCGGGGACUACUGAACUAGCUCCAGAGAUCCAGUUAUACCCGCAACUCUGUUGGCACUGCGAGUUAUGGAUUUUCCGUGAGCUGUAUUACUAAGCUGCUGUUGUGAGGUUUUUAAAGACAAGGACCAGACUUGCAUUGGCUCUUUAGCAUCACCUGUCUGCGCUAUUAGUUUAUUGUAUAGUGUAAAAUAGAAACUAUAGACUUUUUGAGAUCAUGUACCAGCACAGUAAGAAAUGUUUUACCAUCGAAUCUCUUGUUGGCAAAGAAGCGAACUCGCCAACCGGCGGGGACGAACCUAUUAGACCUACAGCUCUAAGAUUCACGGAAUCAGUUCACCAUGCGCCCUUCGGGAAUUGCUUCCAGAACUCCGGCAGGACUUUGUACAGCAGUCCAGAUAUGAUGUUCCCCGACCCGGGCUCACACACAGGCAACUCCGGUCUGCCUCUGCAUCCUCUCCAGCUUCCGUCGCAGCCUUUCUUCAACCCGCAUCAGAGAGAUACCUUGAAUUUCUACCCGUGGGUUCUUCGUAACAGAUAUCUCGGACACAGAUUCCAAGGUGAGGACAGCAGCCCAGAGAACCUGCUCCUGCACGGCCCUUUCUCCCGCAAGCCAAAGCGCAUCCGCACAGCCUUCUCCCCCUCCCAGCUCAUCAGGUUGGAGCGAGCCUUCGAGAAGAACCACUACGUGGUUGGAGCUGAGCGGAAACAGCUUGCCAGCUGCCUCUGUCUCACUGAGACACAGGUAAAGGUGUGGUUCCAAAACAGGAGGACGAAACACAAAAGACAGAAGCUGGAGGAGGAGUCGCCCGAGUCUCAGCAGAAAAGGAAAGGAAGCCAGCACGUGAGUCGCUGGAGAGUAGCUACACAGCAGGGAAGUAGUCCAGAGGACAUCGAUGUCAUCUCAGAGGACUGAUGUACACAGAUGGACGCCGUCAAAGGUCGCAUGAUGAUAACGUCACUGCCCCAAGUAAACAUCGAUGCCAUCUCAAUCACUCUUAUGCACACCGGGAUGAAUGACUGCUGACUCCCACAUUUUCAAGUGUCGUCUCUCCGCGCGCUCUGUUCACGUUGUCUGGACAUAUGAUGCAACCCGAGAGAGCUCAGAUGAACCAGAGAUCAUAGCGACUUUAUGUUGGACAAAAGACUGUUCAGAUCAGAUCGGGGAAAAACGAGUUUGUCGUUCUGUGGCUGAAGGGGUUUUGGACAAUCUGGUGGACAUCUGCAUUGUGGUCUAUAUUGCUAGCCAUAGUUGGCAGAAGACAGGCUGAGAGCAAUCUUCAUUACAGUUUAGACACCUAUUAUCUAUCUGAACUUGAGUUGUUCCGUUGAAUUGUUCCCUUCUCACACUCACAUUAAAACAUCACCGUUUAAUCGUUUUUUGUACAAUGCUGAAUAUGCACAAUAGGUGUGUGGUCAAAAAUAAGCCAUUGUUAUGGAAAAGUGAAAUCUAAAGGAACCUCCUAAAAUAAUCUGUUUAGACUUUUUUAAAUUGAAAAAUAGGCAAUCACCGGUCGGCUACAUUAAUGGGAUUCCAUAUUACCCCUGAAAAUGUUUUUGAAUCUCAUUUUGGAAUAGCUUGGACGCUUUCAAUUGUAUGUGUUCAUGUCAAUUGAAAAAAAGGUAUUCUAUGCAUAUGUUGUCCAUAUUUUGUUUCCUGUGGGUUUUCAAAAGUUGUUAUUGUCUAGUCUGUUACAUAUACGAAUAAUUGUUACCUAGACAAAUACAAGUUUGUUUUUGCCUAAGUCAAAUACCUGAUUGAUAAUAUUGGACCAUGUACAGUGCAGGCAUAUUACUGGUCGCCAGAAUGAUGAAAAAUCCUGUUACCUCAGUACGUAUUUUUUGCAAUCAUUAGGCCUAUCACUCCUGGGAUAUCAUGUUAUGUAGCACUUUUUAGUGAAAUAUAUUUUUUUAUUUGUUUUGCAUAGAUGUUAGAAAUAAUGCACUAUUCUGUAAGUAGGCUACACACCUUUCUUUGAACCCCUGUCCGAGAGUGAACAUUUUUGUACUGUGUGCUCACAUGACUUUG